AUGGCAACUGUCAGCUUCAAAGUUUAUCUGCAUCAUGAAGCAGAUGCUUCAUAUCAAGAAAUACGGCGCUUUGGUAUUGAUUCUGACGUAGUGACAAAUUACAUUUAUUUGCGUGAAAAAUUACAAAAUAUAUUUCCCAACAUUCGUGAUUCUGAUGGUGAUGACGUAGUGAUAUCAAGCGAUGAAGAAUUGCAGAUUGCCUUGAACGAGACAGGUUUAGAAUCAGUUCGUAAGCUCUACGUAAAAUUGCGCUCCGACUAUUCACCGGAGCCAGAAUCCGACUCAUCGAGCAUACUGCAUCCAGGAAUAUCCUGUGAUGGAUGUAACGGAGUUGUACGGGGCUACCGAUUCAAGUGCGUCCAAUGCCCGGACUACGAUCUUUGUUCAAAGUGUCAUGGCCAUGGAAUCCAUUCCGAUCACUGCAUGUUGCGCAUCGUUACUCCAGUUGACUGGAAGGCGCACCACGGAAGACGUUUGUCGCGUCACAUGAAUAAAUUCGUUCGCAAGAACUUCAUUCCGGUUGACGAGUGCGAAGAACCCGCAGGAAUUUGUGGAAAUACUGGCGAUUCAUCAAAGAAAUGCCCGCGGUCUCAACGACGUCGUCAUUGCCCGGUUUCGGAUGCAGCAUCUGCCGCGGCAUCUGCUGCCGCCUCUGCAGCUGCUGCUGCUGCGGUCACUGAUGCCGGUGGUUGGAUUGAUUCGCUCGCAGCUUAUCUCAAUGAUUGGGCAAAUAUUCCCGCAGAAUGUCCUAUGAAGAAACCGGGCUUUGACAAGCCUGCUGAAGCUCAAGAAGCUAAAGAGCAGCCUAAGGAGAAGCAACAAGAGCAACAACAACAAUCUAAAUCUCAGGAUGCUAGAAAAGAUCCACACAUUGAGCUUUUUAAAUUAGUGGGACAAAAUUUGUCUCAAUUUUUGGACCCACUUGGAAUUGACGUUAACUUUCAACUAAAAACUAACGACGCUCCUGCUUCUACGUCUGGAGCUACUAAAACCAACGAGCAGCCUCAAGCUGCUGGACCUUCUGCUAAGAAUUCUGACAAGUCUAAAACCUCGUCACCAACUCCAGCUACUCCUACUAAUUCAGCAACUCCAUCACGGCCUAAAACUCCUGAGCAAGUCAGUGCUGAAAAAAGCAAGCUACCGAAGGCAACCCCUACUCCCGUUUUCUAUCACUCUGAUCCUAAAAUUCAGAAAGCUGUUGAAGCAAUGAUCCAGAUGGGAUUUUCAAACGAGAGCGGAUGGCUUACUAAUCUUUUGGUCACUAAGGAGGGUGACAUUGUCCGUGCUCUUGAUGCUUUGCAACGCCGCUAA